UCUGGCUCGUGCUUGCCAUCGAUCAAGAACGCCAAAGAAAAUUGGAAAUCAACUAUUAAGGCUUCUUCCUUUCUUUCUCGAGGUUUCCAUUUUUCCACAUAAAGAAAAUUUUACUCUCUUGCAAUUUUCUCUACACUGCUCCAAUUUCUCUUAUCAGGUUUCAACUUAAUCGGACACAGCAUUUGACUGUUACUAUUCGAUUUCCCUUUUCUGUUGUGAUGAGAUUGUGGAAGAACAAAAAUGAAGAAAUUAACCCUAAAGAGAGACCAUAAAAAGUGGAAGAAGGAUAAUUUGAUGUAGAGGUCGAGGGUUUAGUCGUUGAUUUUGGCCCUCUGAAAACGCUACAAGAAUCUCUCCCUCAUGAUUUCUUGAAUUCUUAUAAUAUUCCUCUGCCUACAGAAAUUGGAACAUCCAAUUUGCGUUGUAUUGCUUAACUGAAUCUGUUAAGAUAAAUUAAGAAGGAUCAAAUAGUGGUUGGUUGCUCUGAAAGGGAAGGAAAGUUUGAAAUAUUUGUCGGCGUCGCUAUUUCAAGAUCAGCGCAGAGUUGCACCUUUAGGAAGUUGAAUCCCAGUGUUUGAUCAAUGGAUGCCAAUGAAACAUCUGAAGAAACGAUCUCAAAUGUCGCAAGUCCAAAAUUGGCUGGAACUGUUAACUGGGGCACAGCAACAGUUAUUGGAGUGUUUGCGGGUAUGCUAUAUGGAGGUAGCAAGGAGGCAGCUGCAUCAGUUAGCAAGGAUGCAGAAGUAAUGUUGAAGCUUGGUAGCACUCCAGACAAGCGUGAACAGUAUCGAUUAAUGAGAGAUGCAAUGGAGAAAAGGUUUAUUCGAGUCACUCGGGGUUCAAUAGUUGGUGGAGUGCGCCUUGGAAUGUUCACUGCUGCAUUUUAUGGUUUACAAAAUUUUCUGGCUGAGAAACGUGGUCUGCAUGAUGUUUUCAAUAUUGUGGGAGCUGGUUCCGCCACUGCUGCUACAUUUGGUUUAAUUUUGCCUGGAUCUCUCCGAUGGCGCGCAAGGAAUGUGAUGCUGGGAUCAGUUCUGGGUGCAGCAUUCUGCUUCCCUCUUGGUUGGAUUCAGUUGAAGCUUAUAGAGAAAGCAAAUGAAGGGAAUCCUGAUUUAGAUGGAAGAGGAGAAGCGAAUAGUGGUGUUGGCGCUGCUAUAGAGAGGCUGGAAGGAAACUUGAAAGCCGAGUAAACAAUCUUAAUUUUGUGUGGCAUAGAGAUUUUUGAGAGAGAGUUGUGUUAGCAUCAAAGGUUGGAUAGGUUGGCCACGCGCCUGCUUCUUUUUCUUCCGUUUUCCAGUGGCGCAUAAGAGAAUGAAAUAAGGCUACAACAUUUUCUAUAUCUAGCAAUUUUUGUAGGUUUAUUUUUAAUAUUCAUGGAUUUUCCCUCGAUGGAAAAAAAAAGAUUUAAUUACUCAAAAAUUCUCCGCCAUGUGCAGAGGGGUUUUUGGAUGUGGUGAACCUGAUGAUCUCUUUGAUUUAUUUAAGAGAAUCCAAAAAUCUAAUAUAACAAGCUUUUGCCCA